AUGUGUAGCUCUGGUCUGUAUGAUCAACCAUUUGCUGACAAUUUUCAGCUUGGCUCCGAUCUAAAACUUGCUGAAGAGUCGAUUCACUGGACAGGCGGUGGCCGUAAACCGCUGGAGAUUACCCUACCCAAGCAUCUUCGUGUUGUUAUCAUCAACGAUCCUCCAUUUGUCUAUGUAACACCUAUAAUAUCACUUGCUGAAUGCAAGAACCUUGGUACCGUUUUGGUGGAGCUGGGACCAGGUGAUGCUAUACAUGUGCCAGGACCAUGGUACCCCUGUCCGAAAUAUACCGUAAAUUAUACAUACCAUUAUUGCUGUGCUGGAUAUGCGAUCGAUUUGUUGUCAAACAUAUCUUUACCAGAGGGUUACCUUCUCAGUGGAGCCCUAGGAGAAUUGGACAGCGACCAAGCUGACAUGGCUAUCGGAGGCAUGACAAUCAAUCCCGAUAGAGAGAAGUUAGCAUUGUAUAUCGACUUCUCCGAGCCCUGGUUGUAUCAUGGUAUCCGCAUCUUGGAAAAAUCGAUGGAUCAGAGCCGAAUGGCUCCGGACGAUCCGUUCUUGAAGGAGGUGGAAAAUGACCGCGUCAAUUUUGGGGAGGCAAUGUGGUUUGUAUGGGGAGUGCUGCUGAACAGUGGAGUUUCUGAAAGUGAGUUUGCUCCUGUUUUGAUGUCAGCAUGAAG